AUGGCGCUCGAAGACGUGCCCCAGUUCGCGCCCACAACAGCCACCCAAACGGCCCGGCGGCGGCUGGUGGAGGGAGAGCAAAGCAAUGUGCUGGUGCAGCUGCUGCUGGGCGAUGCCAUUGGUGACGCCUUUGGCUUUGGCAUUGAGAUGCAGGAUGCUCACUGGAUCCGUGAGCAUGUGACCAAGUGCACCGCUUGGCCGGAGAAUCCGGCGAUGAAAGAGGAGCACAAGGUGAACAAUAUCAGGGGCAUGUACUCUGACGACUGCGAGAUGACGGUGGGAUUGAUGAAGGCAUUGAUGAAGGCCAAAGACCUUCAAGACCUCAGUGAAAACGACCUGCUGGAGGCCUGGCGAGAGGAGUGGCUCUUGGCCUUGCAACGCCCCAAACCCAGCGACGGUGAGCGCGCAGGACAUGGGAGCAUCAAGGCCUUCUUUCGUGGGGAGACAUCCUUGGAAGAGCAAAAGAAGGGCCAGGCUAUGCGUGAGGACCCGGGAAAUGCCCCGCCCAUGCGAGCCCUGCCCUUGGCGUUCCUACCACUGGAGGAGUGUGAGCGGCUUUGUUCCUUGAACGCCGAUGCCACCCAUCCACAUCCCAAGGCCAGGGCGGCGAGCUACCUGAUCGCGCUGGCUGCCAGAUAUCUCAUCGUUGAGAAGGGCGCCCGCGACGAGAUCUUCGAUUGGUGCCUCGAGCGGUUGAGGGGCUCAUCCCUGAGCCAUGAGGCCACAGAGGAAUAUUUGGAGGCGGUGAAGAGGCUCCCAGACUUCCAUGAAUUUGGGCUUCACCUGCGGAAGAUGCCUGGAAAGGUGCACGAGGUGCUUUGUGGCCCUCAGCCAAACCCACAACUGGCACACUGUCGGGGUGGUGCUCAGGGUCUGGACCCGGUGCACGGCGUGGGUAGCGAUGCGAUGCGCACGGCCGGCGCCGUCCUGUACCUCUUGCGCUUCGCCCGUGGCUGCCGGGACGCACUGCUGGCCUCGGUGCACCUCGGCGGCGACGUGGACUCCGUGGCGGCGCUGACGCUGGCGGUAACCGCGGCGGCCGCGCCAGGGGGGCUCCGCUGUGGGGAGCGGGGAGGGCUUCCGUGGAAGCUCUUGGAGGAGCGGAUGGGGGGGCUUCGAAGGGUCCGGCAGGGUCGUGUGGGGAAGAUGAAGAUGAACCUGUUCCGACGAUUCGAUGGAUUCUUCGUUUUUUGGACGUUCUGGGACGCGAUGGGCUCGGUCCAGGAGCUGGAAGGCUUGGAAUACCUGGGCGAUGAGAUGGGCUGGGCCGGCGAAGCGGCCAAGUGCCAAGACUUCCAAGAGGCGGAAGUCGAAAAGCCAGUGAAGGGUGGGUGGGAAGACGAAGGACAAUGGCAAACCAAAAGUGCCUCUUUAGAAGAGUCGUACCAACAUGAUGCGGACUUUGGCUCCAAAUCAGAUGUGCCAGUAUUUGAACAUGUUGAUCUGCUGCUCCUGUUUUGGUUUCACUUUCUGGACGCAUUGGUCUCUGCGCCGCUCCGCCCUGGCCCUGGCUCGCAGCUUUCCAAACCGUCCGAGCCCCCGCCCGUGCUCGCGCAAGAACACCUUGGUGCCAAUGGCGGUGCCUUGAGCAGAUUGAGCGCGAAGCGAGGGAGGGACUGUGCCAGCGAAGGUGAGCGAAGGCUCGGUCGAAGACUUUUGCCGGGCGCGGCAUUGAAGGGCGGUUUCAGUGGGCCGGGAGGAGAGUUGGUCCGGCUCGGACGCCUGCCAUCACACCAGGCGGCUGUGGCAAGAGGUGUGAAUGACUUGAAGAUUGAGGAAGUGACCGUGGCAGUGCCUGGCCCGAGAGAGGUACGCUUGAAGGCCGGUGACCGGCCGUUGAUGACGGGACCGGUGGCUGCGCUCUCCGGUCAAGAUCCGGAAGGUCUGUUCCCCAGCAUCUUAGGACACGAGGCUGGAUGCAUUGUGGAGAGCGUGGGCGAAGGGGUCACAGGUGUGAAGCCGGGCGACCAUGUGAUCCCUUGCUACACCCCUCAGUGUGGGGAGCCGGAGUGCAUUUUUUGCUUUCCUCCCAGAGGCAAGCGUACCAACCUGUGCCCAAAAAUCCGUGGCACCCAAGGCAAGGGCGUGAUGCCGGAUGGCACAAGCCGCUUCACAGACUCAGAGGGCAAGACCAUCUGGCACUUCAUGGGCUGCUCCACCUUUUCCGAGUACACUGUGGUGGCAGACAUUUCCUGUGCCAAGGUGUCCCAGACGGCCCCACUGGAUGUUUGCUCCCUGCUGGGCUGUGGGGUGGCCACCGGCCUGGGCGCCGCGUGGAACACGCUGGACGUCGAGGGCGGCUCGUCGGCGGCGGUCUUUGGGCUGGGCGCUGUGGGGCUCGCGGUGAUCCAAGGUUGCCAGAUGCGUGGCUGUGCUCGGAUCUUUGCCAUUGACAUGAACCCUAAGAAGUUCGAAUGCGCGAAGAUGUUGGGCGCCACCGACUGUCUCAACCCCAAGGAUUUCGACAAACCCAUCCAGCAGGUGAUUGUUGGCAUGACCACGUGGGGCACUGGGCAUUGCGAGGUGAUGCGUGCAGCGCUGGAGUGCGCGCACCGUGGUUGGGGCGAGAGCUGCAUCAUUGGCGUCGCGGCGGCCGGAAAGGAGAUCAGCACCAGACCCUUCCAGCUCGUCACCGGACGGCGCUGGGCCGGGACGGCGCCCUGGUCGGGUGAGAGGCUUUCGGAGGAUGGAAGGGCCGAUCGGAGGGAAAUGCAGAUCUCACCUUUCAGUUGGGCUUGGCGCUUCACGCGCGUGCGCCGCCCAGCAUUCUGCUCGGGACCCGGUAGCGACCGAGCACCACAGUGCCAUCGCCAGUCUGGUCGCCUGAAGCUCGACCACUACAUCACCCACAAGUUCAAGGGUGUGGAAGGCACCAAGGAGGCCAUCGAGGCUCUCCACUCCGGGGACUGCUUGCGGGCUGUCGCUUGGCAGAAAAAGCAGCGCCGCGCCUGGUGCUUGGGUCGCGCUUCUUCGGGUGUUCUGGGCCGAAGCCGACGGGCCGCGCCGAAGUCCGAGCUCUUGAGCGGGCUCAGAGGGGUGGAGUUCCGAGCUUCGACCAUGGCAGCGCUCCGCAGCGCCCGCGUGCUCUGCAGCGCCCGCGUGCCACUCGUCCAGCGGUGCUGUGUGCACCUGGGGCAGAUCCGUGGCUUCGCGAGCCCGAUCAAGUGCAAGGUGGGCUGGUGCUGCGAGGAGCGGAGCGGAGGGGGCCCGGAGGGGGCGAAGUUGGUCGAAAAGGGGCAACUUGGUCUGGGGAAGGCUGCAGUGGCCCGAGGGGUAAACGACCUCCGCGUGGAGGAGGUGACAGUCGCUCCCCCGGGCCCACGAGAGGUGCGGCUCAAGGUGCAUUCCAAUGCAUUGUGCCAUACCGACAUCUACACGCUUUCGGGCCAAGAUCCAGAGGGCCUCUUUCCCAGCAUUUUGGGCCAUGAAGCCGGCACGGUUGUGGAGAGCGUGGGCGAAGGGGUGACAGGCCUGAAGCCAGGUGACAAGGUCAUCCCUUGCUACACUCCGCAAUGUGGCGAGCCAGAUUGUAUUUUUUGCUUUCCACCCAGAGGCAAGAGGACGAAUUUGUGUCCCAAGAUCCGUGGAACCCAAGGCAACGGUGUGAUGCCGGAUGGCACCAGCCGAUUUACCGAUGCCGAAGGAAAGGAGAUCAAGCAUUUCAUGGGGUGCUCCACCUUCUCCGAGUACACCGUAGUGGCCGACAUCUCCUGCGCUAAGGUCUCUGAGACGGCGCCCUUGGAUGUGUGCUCCCUGUUGGGCUGCGGUGUCUCGACCGGCCUCGGCGCAGCCUGGAACACCCUGAACAUCGAGGGCGGCUCCAGCGUGGCCGUCUUCGGACUGGGCGCCGUGGGGCUUUCAGUGAUCCAAGGCUCCAAGAUGCGGGGCGCCGCCAGGAUAUUUGCAAUUGACAUGAACCCGAAGAAGUUCGAGAUGGCCAAGGAGCUGGGUGCCACAGACUGCGUGAACCCUAAGGACUAUGACAAGCCCAUCCAGCAGGUCAUUGUGGGCAUGACAAAGUGGGGUGUGGACUACACCUUCGACUGCACUGGAAAUGUGGAGGUGAUGCGUGCUGCCUUGGAGUGCGCUCAUCGUGGCUGGGGCGAAAGCUGCGUAGUGGGUGUCGCCGCAGCCGGCAAGGAGAUCAGCACACGGCCGUUCCAGCUGGUCACCGGCCGCAAGUGGACUGGCACAGCCUUCGGCGGCUUCAAGGGCCGCUCAGAGGUGCCACCCCUCAUCGACGACUAUGAGGCAGGCCGUCUAAAGCUCGACCACUACAUCACUCAUCGCUUCCACGGUGUGGAAGGCAACUUGCAGGCCGUUGAAGCGUUACAUUCUGGCGACUGCCUCCGGGCCGUUGUGACCUACUGA